AUGGAGACACAGCAGCAGCAGCUGCAUCUCCUUUCGGGUCUACAGCAGCAGCAGCAGCAGCAGCAGCAGCAGCAGCAGCAAGCGCUGCAGCAGCUCCUGCAACCCUCACUCACCCAACAUUUCUGGGCGCCUGCAGAGAAAGCCCCACGGACCCCCGCCCCCGCAGCAGCAGCAGCAACAUCAGCAGCAGCAGCAGCAGCAGCAGCAGGAAAGGGCCCGCUGCUGCUGUUGUGCAGACAAGAAGAAGCAGCAAAAUGGAGACAGUCUCUCUCCCCCCGCUCUGUCUUUGUUGCUGGUGUGGGGCCCCUCGCUUCAGAAGAGGAUCUCAUCUCUAUCUUGCUGCAGCAGCAGCAGCAGCUGCAGCAGCAGCAGCAGCAGCAGCAGCAGCAGCAUAAGCAGCAACUCCCGUGGGGCGGUGUCGUGCUAGGAGCGUUUGCUGAUCCACCGGUUGACACAGCAGCAGCACCACAGCAGCAGCAACAGCAGCAGCAGCAGCAGCAGCAACUGCUGCUGCAGCAAACGCACUCGCUGCAGCGUCUCCUUGAGGGUAAGCAGCAACUCCCGUGGGGCGGCGCUACAGACCCUGGGCGAGCAGCAGCAGCAGCUUCCCCCUGUAAUGCUGCUGCUGCAACAACCGCCAAGGAACAGCAGCAGCAACAGCAGCAACAGCAGCAACAGCAGCAGCAACAGCUCCUGCUGCAGCAACAGCUGCAGCAAGAACACAGGUACAACGUGCUGCUGCGAGGCAGCAGGCGUAAUGCUGCUGCUGCAACAACCGCCAAAGAACAGCAGCAGCAACAGCAGCAACAGCAGCAACAGCAGCAGAAACAGCUCCUGCUGCAGCAACAGCUGCAGCAAGAACACAGCUGCUGGUGGAGACAGCAGCAAACUACAGCAGCAGCAGCAGACGCUGCACGAACGUCUCUGUAG